AUGUUGAAUAUUCGGGUACCACUAACAACUGACACUGCAACUGCAACUCGUAUUCAUUUAACUACGUCAUCACACGGUGAUACAGAUUAUCCAACCACAGGCAGUGUUACAGAUUAUCCAACCACAGGUAGUGUUACAGAUUAUCCAACCACAGGUAGUGUUACAGAUUAUCCAACCACAGGUAGUGUUAAAGAUUAUAUCCCCACUGUUGUUGAACACCCACUACAAACAACAUUACCGAAUAAUGUUUGUUUUAAAACUGAAAAUACUGCACGACCAGAGGUUCCAGGAGUUGCCAAUGAUAUCUUAUUUGGUACACACAAUAUACAUGCAGAUGCUGAAUCAUGCUGUCAAUCUUGUAUUGAAUUUACUGGAUGUGUGGCAUGGGUCUUCCAUAAGUCAGGAAAAGAAGUUGGAGCGUGCUGGUUAAAAGAUGGUAUACCCCCUGCACAAAACAAUACAUGUUGUGUUUCGGGAUAUCUCAUCUCUUAA